AUGGAGCACCUGCCUGUUGAGGUCAUUGGUAACAUACUGUCCCGGCUCAGUGCUGCGCGAGAUGUGGUGGUAGCCUCCACAACAUGUCAGAAAUGGCGAGAAGCUUGCCGCAAACACCUUCACACGCUUUCAUUCAAUUCCAAUGAUUGGCCUGUGUAUCGGGAUUUAACAACUAGUCAAUUGGAAAUCUUAAUAACGCAAACAAUUUUUCAAAGUACUGGAUUACAAGGUCUAUCAAUCUUAAUGGAUGAUGUUGAAGAGUUCUUGGGUUCCACUGUUAUUGCAUGGCUCAUGUACACCAGAGAAACGCUUCGGCAAUUGUCUUAUAAUGUUCGGACUGCUCCAAAUGUAAACAUUCUAGAAAUUUGUGGGAGGCAAAAGUUGGAAAUGUUGGUCUUGGGCCAUAAUUCUGUCACAGGAGUCGAACCCACAUUUCAGAGAUUUCCUUGUUUGAAAUCUCUUUCUUUGAGGUACGUUAGUAUUUCAGCAUUGGAUCUGAGCCUUUUGCUAAGUGCGUGCCCAAAGAUUGAAACCUUAGAACUUGUCAACCCAGAGAUAGCAAUGUCAGAUGCACAAGUGACUGUUGAGCUGAGCAGUCCAACAUUAAAGAGCAUUUAUGCAGAAAGAAUCAGUUUGGAAAAGUUUAUAUUGGAUAUCUUUCAGCGUUUGCACAUGAAAGCUUGUGCUCUUGAGGUCUUUGAACUCAUUGGAAAGGGGACCUUGAAGCAUUUCAAGAUUGAUGAUGUUAGUGUCUUUCAUCUUGAUAACGGUGAUAAUGUUGAAAACCUUGAGAUUGUAGAUAUUAGCAAUUUUACAAUUAUAUGGCCAAAAUUUUACCAGAUGAUCUCGAGAUCGUCAAAAUUGAGGAGGCUUCGGCUAUGGGAUGUGAUUUUUUAUGAUGAGGAUGAGAUUGUGGAUUUAGAAACGAUUGCUGCCUGUUUACCACGGCUGAGUCAUUUGUCAUUGAGUUAUGAUUUAAGAGAUGGAGUGCUUCACUAUGUUUUGCAAGGAUCUUCUCAUCUGGAGAAUGUUACUUUCUUGGAGCUUGGGUGGACUCUAAUCAAUGAUCUCUUCAUACAUUUUGUUGAAGGGCUGUUGAAACGAUGCCCAAGUCUUAAGAAAUUGGUUAUUCAUGGGGUUUUUUCAGAAGCCAAAACCCAUGAAGAAUGCCAAACGUUAGCAAAUUUCACCUCAUCCAUCGUCCAGCUCAUGAGACAAUACAUGUAUGUAGAGGUGCAGUUUGAGUACGAGUAGAAACAUUGCAACAAAUAUGUGAAAUUCCAGUUUUGUUCAAUUGUAAAAGCGCAUAUGCAGUGUGAAACAGGAGCUAUGCUGCUAAAUUUCUUCACGAGAAUACGUAUACAGG